AAGCUGCAGCACCACUUUUAUGAUGCUACGUGCUGCAACAAGCUACUGCACAUAGCUCAACUCUGUUUGGACUCGCUUAAAACGGGUUCUUCUCCCCUGUGGUCUCCCGUUUCGUUUACAUAGAUAGUUAAAAAUGCGUCUUGGUUUUCCCAGACGACGCUAGCAUGAGCUUUACGUGGGUUUAUAAUGUAAGUUAGCAGAUAAGCUAAUGUUUGGAUAACGUUAAGUUAACCCCGUAUCAUCUCAUGGCGCUAACAGCUAACGUUAGCGACGUUUAUUUUCAUUUGCUGAAAGCGAAUCAAAUUUGUGAAUCAGCUUAAAUAAGCAGAAAGCUAGCAGAAAGCUCCUUUGCUGGGUUAGCCAUUAGCAGUGGACCUGAGACCUUCACUGUUGAGUGGUAUCCGCGGUAUGACUCUUCUGACUGUUUGAUGGGGCUUUUAAGGAUCAUGAUGCCGCCCAAGAUUCAGCUUGUGUCUGUGUUGGCAUUUGGAGUGGCCGUGCUGUUUAUUGAGAACCAGAUCCAGAAACUGGAGGAGUCAAGAGCCAGACUCGAACGUACCAUAGCCAGACACGAGGUGGCUGAAGUAGAGCAUCGUCACAAUGAAGACACUGCGGUGGAAAUAUCACCACUGGCAGAAAAAGAUGACAUGGUCAUCAUCUACAACAGAGUGCCCAAGACAGCCAGCACCUCCUUCACUAACAUCGCCUAUGACCUGUGUGGGAAGAACCGUUUCCAUGUCCUUCACAUCAAUACAACCAAAAACAACCCUGUCAUGUCUUUACAGGACCAGGUGCGCUUUGUCAGAAACGUCACCUCCUGGAGAGAGAUGAAGCCCGGCUUCUACCAUGGCCAUGUAGCUUAUCUGGACUUCUCAAAAUACGGAGUAAAGGGUAAGCCAAUGUACAUAAACGUGGUACGGGACCCCAUAGAGCGCCUAGUGUCAUACUACUACUUCUUACGAUUUGGAGAUGACUACAGGCCUGGCCUUCGACGAAGAAAACAAGGGGAUAAAAAGACCUUUGAUGAAUGUGUCUCAUCCGGAGGCUCUGACUGUGCUCCUGAGAAGCUCUGGCUGCAGAUCCCCUUUUUCUGCGGCCACCAUUCAGAGUGCUGGAAUGUUGGCAGUAGAUGGGCGCUGGAACAGGCCAAGUACAACCUGGUAAACGAGUACCUGCUAGUUGGAGUAACUGAGGAGCUGGAAGACUUCGUCAUGAUCCUGGAGGCAGCACUCCCUCGCUUUUUCAAAGGAGCCACAGACCUCUACAGAACAGGAAAGAAAUCCCAUCUGCGAAAGACCACCGAGAAGAAGCCCCCCACUAAAGAGACAAUAGCCAAACUGCAGCAGUCCGACAUCUGGAAAAUCGAAAACGAGUUUUACGAGUUUGCCCUCGAACAGUUUCAGUUUGUGCGUGCCCACGCUGUCAGGGAAAAGGAUGGAGAACUUUUUGUCCUGGCCCAGAGCUUCUUCUAUGAGAAGAUCUACCCCAAAGUGAACUAAAAGUGUAGCCAGAACAGAGUGACAAGGGCUGCACACAGACUUUGCAAGGACUCUAUAAGAAGUCAAAUACACUGAGAGGAAGAGAGACACCUAGUGAUGUUCAUUCUGGUGAAUGCUGGAUAAAUUGUUGGGAUUUAAAUGUUAACCAACCUUGUUAUGGUACAGAAAAGCCCUUUCAGACUGUUCAGUGGUAUUUCUACAGGGAAUGUGUCUGUUUUUUUUAUUGCUGGUGCAGCUGUUGAGAAAACUUAACACGGAUAAACCAUCAGUCUGAACUGUGAGAAAGGAUUCCUUCCCAGAGCAGAGUGAAAUAGUUGGUGAAUGUGGAGCAUCUCAAAACCCAAACAUUAGCAGCCUUUCGUUUAUCUUGUAUAACAAGUUAUGUGUUUGGUUUUUGGGUGGAACCUUGAGAUAAAAACCGCAAACCUCAACUAGUUUUAAGUUUUUCUGAGUUUUUCUGUCCACUGACAGAUUAGAAAAGAAUCUCAUCUGAUUCAGAAAACUGAUGAGCUCCUAUUUCUACUAUUAUUUUUUGCACACGACAUUUUAGGUGUGUCAGUACGUUUACAAAUACAGAUGAUAUAACUGUUAAAAAACAAGUAAAAAAUCAAUGCUGCAUUUGUACAUUCUGUAUUAACAUGCAGUGAACAUGCUAUGUUUUUGGACCAAAUGGUAGCAAAAGAAAAUGGAACGGACCAUUGCAUCCUUUUGGUGCGUGACUAGUACUUUUUUAUCCCACUGAGAUGUUCUCAAUUUUUAGACAUGUUUAACACAUCAAAUCAGUAUUUUAUCACAGAGAUAGUGAUGUGCUGUUUUAGCUUAUGAAAGGACCACAACUGGAGCAGGGUAAAGGUAUUAAUCAAAAAUUAACUGAAUGUCUGAGUACAGGGUUAAACAGAGAAGAUGCACAAGGCAAUUUACAACAGAAAGAGAAACAUGUGAGAGGUAGAACUUGUAGUGCCUUUAUUACCACUUUUUUUUUUUUGUAUUCAAUUUCCAGUGAUCCCACAAUCAUGUUGUUUUGUGUAUUCUUAUGAGCUGCAGUUCCUGUUUCUGUUCUUUCAUACUUAACACAUUAACAGCCUAAACAUAAGUGCUUAAUUGCAAAUGUCUUGACUCAUGUUAUUCUUACUGUAUUCACAACUAAGAGUUGUUGAUUGUAUGUAAUUUGUGUUUAUCUCAUAUGGCUCAUGAUGGCACUAAUAGGCAAGAGGUGGCUUGAAACAUUGAUGUCUUGCAUUACUUAACACUAUAAGGCACUUUUAAUUACACUUCUGUUGAAUCUUGA